AUGAAAUUGAAUUUGGGACAAAUCGCCUGGUUACUGUAAGUUUUGGCGCUAAAAUUUCGCCACGUUAUCAAAUAUUUUUGGCGCCAAAAAAUUGAAACUCAAAAAAAAAUUUUUUUUUUUCAAAUUUAACUUUUGGCGCCAAAAUGUUUGCCACGUCAUCAUCAUUAAUUUUUGGCGGGAAAUUUUCGCGCCAAAAUUCAAAUUUUUUGCAGAUGGGCGAUGCUGGUUUUGCUCUCCUCCGCGAGAAGUACACCAAUCCGGAUGGAACCGGAUGGAAUCAAAACGUAUCAGAUUUGCAACGCGUGUAUGGAUAAGGAUUUUGUGAGUUUUCCGCAAGGCUUCCGCAUGCUUUCCGCGCGGAAUUUUCGGAUCAUUUUGUAGAGAAUUCCAAGAGCUUCAAAAUGAGCCUAAACUUAGUUUUUGAAAAUUUCAGAGCUUCUCAGUUUCAGCCAAAAUCUGAAAUUUUCAAAAAAUUGAAUUUAGGCUCAUUUUGUAGCUCUUGAAAUUCUCCACAAAAUCAACCCCAAUUUUUCCAGCCAAAAUUCGCAGCUCUCUAUCAAAACACAGAUAUCGGCCGCCAAUUGGGAAUUCCGAACAUGAAAGGAUUGGACUGCUCAAAGGGCAAAUUUUUGCGAGUCAAAUGCGAUGAUGCUUGCAUCAUUGUUAAGAUUUUGACCAAAAAUGGCAAAGGCGAGAUUAUCAGUUAUGGUAAGUCCGAAAUGUGAGCUCCGCGGGGAAUUUGGAGCAUUUUGAUACCCAUUUUGAUAUGGUUUUGGAAGAAAUUCAUGAAUUUCGGACCAUUGAGCCCUGAAAUUGGGAGUUUCGUGGAUUUUCCAAAUUUCACGGGGAAUUCAAAAAUCACCAUCCCAACACUCAAAUUCUUCUAGAAACCCAGUUUUCAUGUUUUUCAUCCAGUAAAAAGUUUUUAAAUUUCAUGAAACUUGAUAUUUUUAAAGUUUUCAGAAGCUAGGACCAAUUUCAUUGAAUUCCUGGUGAAAUUUCGAGUUUUUAGACACCCAUAUUCAUAUAUUUUGAAAAAAGCCCUAAAUUAAGGCCUUAAGGUCCCAAAACAAAAAUUCAUCAAAACCAUAUGAAUAUGGGUGUCUAAAAACUCCAAAUUUCACGAGGAAUUCGAAUUUCUCACUCUCAGACCGCAAAAAUUCAAUUUUCAUUGCAGAAGUCAUGACAGAUUGCUCAACUUCUCUCAUGGAAGACCAUCCAAGCCUUCAAAAUACACGCGACAUUGCUCAUAUUAAGGAAAACAUCACGUUCACAGACAAUUUUGAUCGUGAGUGAAAGCGGAAGGAAAAAAUUAAAAUUUUUUUUUUGCAGAGAUCAAGACGGAUGUUGUGUACAGUUUCAUAAUGGGAGAUACCUCUCCGGAAUCUGAAAAUUUGAUAAUUCAACAGGAAUUGCAACUAGAAAAACGGGAAAUUCUGGAAAAUUCGGAUCAAAUCAACCCAAUUCAAAUUCUCAUCCUUUUCUUCUCCAUUUGCCUCAUCUUUCUUUUGGCCUACCAAUUUUAUCCAAUUUUUCGCAAGGUACGUUUAAUUUGGGGCUCCGUGAGUUGAAAAUUCGGAAUCUCCGUGAAAUUUCGAGUUUUUGGACACCCAUAUGUAUAUAGUUUUGAUAAAUUUUAAUUUUGGAACCUUAAGGCCCUAGUUUAGGGCUUUUUUUCAAAUUUUUACCAAAAUAUAUACAUAUGGGUGUCUAAAAACACGAAUUUUCACCAGGAAUUCAAUAAAAACGGUCUCAGCCUCUGAAAACUUCAAAAAUCUCAAGUUUCAUAAAUUUUCAGAAAUUGUCAAAAUUUCAACAACGUGAAACUCGAUUUUCUAGAAGAUUUUAGAGGCUUAAAUGGUGAUUUUCGAAUUCCUAAUGAAAUUUCGAGUUUUUAGACACCCUUAUUCAUGUGGUUUUGAGGAAUUGGAUUUUCAGGCCUGAAGGGGGCCAAAUUGGGCUUUUUUCAGAAAUAUAUGAAUAUGGGUGUCUAAAAACUCCAAAUUUCACCAGGAAAUUGAAAAUCACCAUGAAAGCAUCUAGAAUCUUCUAGAAUCUCGGGUUUCAUUCUUUGAAACUUUUAAAAAUCCCCGAAAUUUAUGAAACCUCGGAUUUUUGAGAAUUCUAACAAUUCUGACUUGCAAAUUUGGAUUACUCGUGAAAUUUCGAGUUUUUAGACACCCAUAUUCAUAUGGUUUUGAGGAAUUUGAUUUUCAGGCCUGAAGGGGGCCAAAUUGGGCUUUUUUCAGAAAUAUAUGAAUAUGGAUGUCUAAAAACUCGAAAUUUCACCAGGAAUUCGAAAAUCACAUCUAGAACUCGAGAAAAUACAAUUUUCAGAUGGCUCGAAGCGUCGAAGAGGGAUAUCGUCACCGUAACGCACGUCACCGCGAGAUCCACGUCAAUGCGGUCCGAAUUGGUCGCGGUGGCCCCCCGGGGGCUCCGGCUCGACAAAAUAUUUGA